AUGGCUGGUGGCUUAUUCAGCAUUGAUAGGAAGUAUUUCGAAGAAAUCGGUGCUUACGAUCCCGAGAUGGAUAUUUGGGGUGGUGAAAACAUCGAAAUUUCGCUCAGGAUCUGGCAGUGCGGUGGACGGAUUGAGAUUUUGCCAUGUUCACACGUGGGUCAUGUGUUUCGUCGAGCGUCGCCGCAUGAUUUUCCGGGUCGUCAGUCAGGAGCUGUUCUCAACAAUAAUUUGUUGCGAGUAGCCGAAGUGUGGAUGGACGAGUGGAAAUUUCACUUCUACAAAACAGCGCCACGUAUGAUAAAACAUUCAGAAGCCUAUAAGAUGCGUGAAAUGGUUGACGUAAGUGAUCGUGUUGAGCUACGAAAACGACUGCACUGCAAAAGUUUCAAGUGGUUCUUGGAUAGUGUAUGGAAGGAUCAUUUUCUGCCGAUGCCAGGAAAUAUUUUCGGGAGGAAUGCACCAGAAUCGUUCUCGGCUGGACUACAAAUGCUAAGUGGUGCUAAAUUUUGCAGCGUAGUAGUCGGAAGACCCUGA